AUGGUCGGUCGUAUGGGUUGUCUUGGCUGGUAGGAUGAGCGUCGUAAUCGGCAUGAGUGACGUGGGCAUACCGUUCUCGUAGUGGAGAGCGGCUGGUGGAGUGCUACAAAUAGACAUCCCUUUGCUAGUCAUUUUAUACGCCGCCGACGGAUGCAGGUCUGCACUCUGCGGCUACACAGGUGCAGUCUACGGUUGAGGAGGUCCAGAGUGACAAGGACCGUCAGCUGGAGCAACGCAAAUCGGACAUCCACCAGGUGAGUGGGUGGAUCAUGAGACAAACGAGGCGGGCGCACACACCCACACACUCACAGACAGACAUCCACACACACAAAUCCCUCUGUCCCCCCUCCCUCUCUCUCUCUUUGUGUCUGUCUGUCUAUCUGUCUGUCGGUCUGUGUGCGUGUCGUCAGGGUGAAGGUCUCUUGACGACGACCCGUGAGCAGCUUCGACAGGCCGAGGACGACAAGGAACGAGUCAGAGAAACGCCAACACACAGACACGCACGCACGCACGUACGCAGCACACCAAGCCAUCUGUGUGUGUGUGUGCGUGUGCAGUACUCUGCUGAGAUAGAGAGGCUGCGUAAUGCGUUGGCCAAGUCGGUCGAGGAGCACACCAGCGAGUCGGGCAAGUGAAUUGGAAUGGUGCAGAGAGGAAGGGAGGGAAGUAGUGAAUGGAUGGAUGGGUGGGUGGGCCGGUGGGUGCACUGCACUGAUUGCUCUGGAGAGAGAUGGAUGGAUGGAUGGAUUGUGUGUGUCUGUGUGUAAGUUGGUUCAGCUCAAGUCGACUUUGGAGGCCGUCCAGAGUGACAAGGACAAGGAGCUCGACCAACGCCAAGCCGACAUCGACCGACCAGGUGAGUGAGUGCAUCAUGAGACGAGCGAGGCGGGCACACCCACCCACAAACUAACAGAAAUACAUCCUUUACCCCCUCUGUAUCCUGUGGCUGACGGCAGCGGCGAGCGGGUCCAAGACCAACCACGACAACGCCAACAGGAGCCCGGCGCGCAAGACACCAGGAAGACACACACAACACACACGAAAGAGACGACACAAUUACAUAACAAUUCCUCCUGUGUCGGUCGAAGUAGUAGGUGCGCGGGAGGGCUCGUUGCCAAUUCGGAGUGAGACGCCCUCAUCGACGGAGACCACUCAGGUACGUAAGUAAGGGAGAAGAAAGAGGAAAGAGUAUUUGCUUAUGUCUCUUCUGUGUUUCCUCUCUUUCCAUACUUGGCCGCUUCGGCGGCCAUCGAUCAGCCCAAGCUGCAGCACCGACUGGUAAUCCCCGAAUACGACAUCCAUCCAUACAUGUGCAGACCCUUCUGGGUGGCUGGCUGGAUCCUGCAGCUGGCUGCUCCCCCCGGUCAUCGCCGUCAGGAGCCCUUCACUGGGAGACCCAAGUAAGCUCAGAACAAGUGCACCAAGUAAGCUCAGAACAAGUGCACCCUCAGACAUAUUUAGACGUCUCAGUCUAUGUCGCCGCCAUGGCCCGCAAGACGGCCAAGGAGGUAAGCUGGUGAGGAUGUGGACAGGGAGGGAGGGAGGGAGCCUGACUUACAGUGGGAGAGUGGGUAUUUUCAGGCGUCGUUUGGAUCGUCAGAUGAGAGCACGUCAACGCCGCCGUGUGUGUGUGUGUGUGUGUGCAGACCGUUUCAUGCCCUGAAUUCCCUCGAGUCGCCCGCGCCAGCACCUGGAGGCCUCAGCCGGCGGCUGAAGGUGCCAGUGUCCCACUGGGGGGAAGGGGACGAUGGCUUCUACGCCAGCUCCUUGACCCAGUGGGACCUGGCCUAUUGGGAGAGGAAGGGGCCGUGGUGCCUGCCCACGUUCGUGGUCCCAGAGGCCUCCUGCUGCUGCCUAGAGCUGGCAACGACCAUGGUGCGCGAGGUGCGGAUGGCUUCCGCUUCCCAACACAGUGGUACACACUCACACACACAUAUGCAUCAGACGCCCACACUGUUGGUCACUGUGGUGUGGUGUGUGCAGCUGACUUGCCGACAGAGACGUGUCAUCCAUCCAUCAGGGACGUGGCGAGUUCCGAGCACACUGCUGAGGUGUACAAAGCCAUCUGCAAACUCUGCUCUCCCUCUCUGGCGAGGGCAUCGAGGUCGGUGGGAUGUGGGAGAGGUGGGAGGGGCGGGCGGCCCAUCUGUGUGUCUGUGUGUCUGUGUGUGUGUGUGUGUGUGUGUGCUGCAGCUGGUGCACCGACAUGUCAAGCUCAACAACUCAGGUGGACCCCGCAGGGCUGCAUGCUGCUUGGCUUCGACGAGUGCAUGUUCGUCGGCCGGCCGCCGACCACUAAGUCACGACGAGCCGACAGAGACGGCUUCCUCCCGGGUGCUGACGGUUUCCGCGUAAGUCGGUCGGCCGACAAGUGACUGCACGGCGCAGAACGGAACUAGUUUUGAUGUGUGUGUGUGUGCUGCCUGUCCUUGCUCAUUUGGCUGGAUGGCGUCCGUCAGGCCCCAGAGGUGCACUUAGGGAAGGAUAAGGCGAGGAAGUGGAGCCCUGCUAGCGACAUCUGGGCGGCUGGAGUUAGCUUGUAGGCAACCGAAGGCACAUACACACACACACACACAUCCUGGCUGCCUGGUGGGUGUAGGUACUUGGUGUGUUUCGAGACGAGCCCCUUCGAGGACAUCGACGAGGACAGGUGGACUGCUGACGAACUCGAGGAGGCAUCCUUGAACGGACAGCUGGUACAAACAAACAGACCCCUCACACUCACACACACACCAGACAGACCAGACAGACAACGACGAGACGAUUGCCCUUGGGUGCCUGCUGUGUCUUCAGAAGGUGAGGCUGCCCAGUGAGGCUGACGAGGACAUGUGCCAGGCGUAUCAGCUGAUCGAGCAGAUGCUCAGAUUUGACCCCCGCGAGCGCCUCACAGGUCGGCGGGCGGGUCUGCGUCGCGUGAACCAAGUGUCGUCCAUGUGUGUGUGUGUGUGUGUGCAGCGAAGGCCGCUCUGCGUCAUCCCUGGCUGGCCGGUCUGGCUGUCGGUGGCGGACCAAUGCCACCAAUGAAUCAUCUGUAG